UUUUUUUGCGCUCAAGAUAAUUUUUCGAGAUUUUCCAGAGAGAUGCUUGAGUGAUUAACUGUUCCGUGUUGCUGCAAUUGUGUUGACAGAGCCUGAUUGGAAAUGUAUUUUUCUUGUGCAUUUUUUCAAGUUAGUUAAGAGUUCUGAGGCCUUGUCAGGACAAGUACAUACACAGUUAGCCAAGAAGUGUAUCUGCAUGUAGAAGAGCGACUGGAAUCGCUCGUACAUUGUAGCCUCGCUGUGGUAGCCUCAUUAACUUCCGCUUCCUCGAUUUUAAAUCGACGGCAUAAAAAAAAGAAACCAAUAAGUAUGCUACCUGAGCGCAUUUCAACCAAACCACGAAGCUGACUUUGACGAGACCAGAAGGCUGAUUGAGUUGGAUGAAAAAAGUGCACACUGGAUUGUAACAGUGACUUAAGACAAUUUCGAUCUUCAUCCUCAAUUCCCCGGACAGACGAUCAGAGAAAAACGCAGUUAGUUAUAUCAUGUCAGUCCAUUAUACGAACAGGAUGGGUGUCUACGGGGACUAUUACAUGCGCAUGGGCUCCACAGUUCUAAUACAUAUUUGUUUUUAGACUGGAGGAGUAUGGACCUCUAAAACUCGCUUCUGUACACCACACAAUCGAAAGAACUCAACGAAACGACACUGCAAACUAGUGUUCAACGUGCAAGACGAAAAAUACCGGAUUCAAUUGUGGUGUGUACAUGACUAUCUCACCUGACGAUGUACAAAACGAAAAACGAAACAAGGUACGACACAAGCAGCGGCUCAGAAACUAAUGACAGUUAUGUGGCCAAUGUUGUUGUCAGUGGUACAGCCAAGGCUCAGCCGUCACUGGACGAGACCCCUGCCGUGAUCAGACAAUACGAAAACACCGUUGAUGACGUGGCUGGGUUGAAAGCAGCGUACUUCAAAUGUGCGACAACUGUCCUGAAUAAGCCUUACCCCACGGACGCGCAAGCGUACAAAGAAUGCACAUCCAAUGGCACGUGGUGGAGACGUCCCGACACUGGCGCCGUCUUUACUAAGUAUUUCAACUGCAUGGACGAGGAAAAGAUGACGGAAAACAAGAGUGCAGUGUACGUGUAUCUAGCCGGGUAUGGUGUAUCCACGCUGGCCAUACUCAUCUCUUUGGUCAUUUUCUUUGCUUUCAAGCAGCUUCACUGCGACAGGAUUACAAUCCAUAAGAAUCUCUUCGUGUCCUACGUGUUAACGGGCGUUGGUUGGAUCAUUUACUACCUGAAGGUGCCCCUAGAUCACGAUGUGAUAGUGUCUAACCCGUUUUGGUGCCAGGGUCUACACGUCCUUGUGCAGUAUCUGACCGUCUGUAACUACUUCUGGAUGUUUUGUGAAGGGCUGUAUCUACACACAAUCAUAGUGGUCGCGUUCACCACCGGGAAGGCAUUGCUCAUAUGUUGUUGCGUCAUAGGAUGGGGUUUACCUGCGGUCAUCACUUUCAUAUACGCCUCUGUACGUGGUAUUUUGCGGGACGCUACCCACGAAUGUUGGAUAAUUAACAGCCCAUAUUUUUGGAUUCUCAAUGGAACGGUGGCAUUUUCCUUGUUACUUAACUUGGCAUUCUUGUGUAACAUAGUGCGAGUGCUGAUGACGAAACUGAGAGCUGUAAACUCCCCUGACACCAAUCAAGGCAGAAAAGCGGUGAGAGCUACGUUGAUCUUGAUACCUCUGCUGGGACUACAGUUCGUUCUGUUCCCUUUCACCCCUUCAGACAGCCAAACUAAAACAUACUACUUGAUUGCGUCAGCAUUUGUGACAUCAUUCCAGGGUUUCUUCGUGGCACUAAUUUAUUGCUUCUUGAACAGCGAGGUCCUUACGGUGCUCCGCCGGAAGUGGGAGCAGUACAAACUGAUGCGGGGUUCACAGGACUCCAGCAGCUCCCCACGGCGUCCGAGCAGCACUUACUACACCAGUGCCGAGGUAACCGCACACGCUUCCUCCUCUAAGCUCAAACACAAACGAUCCACCGUGGCCACAUUACACCCCAGCCCCAGCCACAGCGAGCAGCACAGCACUUGCGAAUGCCUCUGAGCGGCUCUUUGUACCGUGGUGUAUUACAGUCUAUGAGAAGCCCACUACCGCUGUGGAAAUGUCAACCCUGCAUAACAACGCAUGAAGCUACCAUAGAUGGCGAGUUCGUCAACAUGGGAGACAAGAAAAGCCACAAGUGUUUUGCUAACAGACAGCAUAUGAUGAUGCACCAUGCUUUGCAGGCAAUGAAACGAUAUCGCCACCACUUUAUCAGUCAAGAAUACAAACAGCGGGUGUAUUUAUUUUCUUUUAUAUAUAUUUAAUAUCGUCAAGCUUUUGUCCAACGUUAUUAAUUUGUCGGAAGAAUGACUGUUAAUAUAACGAUGAAAAAAUUAAUUCACUAAUGGUGAAUGAUCAGCAUUAACAUAAUUGUAGGCUUUGUGCACAGCCAAGUUGAGGCUUCCCUGACUAGACGCGGCUCAAAUAUCUCGCGAACCACUUGAACGCAUCUUGCGUAAUCCCUGCAUGGACGGCGCCAGCGGGAGGCGGGAAAUACAUAAUGGUAUUGCGCGGCAUGUUUUCAAGUGUGCGCCAUAUUUGAAUAGCGGUUCUGUCGGGCUGCAGCUCAACUUGGUAGUGAACCGAACCUUAUAUUAACUUAAGUGUUUAUUAAUUACGGUAUAUUGUACUGUACUUGUAUAUUUUUGGUAGACCUCGCAUCCAACGUGCUACAUUGGGCCGACAAUUCGUCCGUUAUAUGCGUUUACCGUUCUUUGUCGUCAUAUAGGGAACGGGACCUCCGUAAAAAGUGCAUUAAAGGCUAAUGUCCGACUUAAACGAGACCGUCAUAUGCGAUGUAAUAUGUGUUUCAAAUGAAACAUUGAUAUCAGGAUGCCAUGUGACAUCAGGCUGUAUAGGCACAUGUAUUUCGUGUAAUUAAAUUACAUAUUCACGUGCACCACGAAGGAUUCCUUCAAAAGGAAACAGUUAUGUUUUGAAUAUUGUUUAUAUUUGUAUUUGUCGUGGAUGGAAGUUUGUGUUUUCAAAACUGCGAGCAGAGAAUGCCUCAUAUGGCGAUGGCAAGUCCUAAAGCACAAAAUAACGGUGCCACGUUUUGUUAUUUGUAUAGGCUUUUCCAAUUAUUAAAGAAAAUCAAUAAAAGGAACACGUUUUUAUUGUGGUUAUAUUUUAUUAUAUUAAAAUUUCAAGAAACGAUGGAGUUUACUCAUACAGUAGCUUUUCUCCUCUGCUUGAACUUGAGUAACGGCAUCUGCAUAUACUGAGUGUAUAAAAAGUUUUAGCACCAUAUUUAUAUUACACAUUAAAAAAAUCAAAACAAAUCUAAAAGCAAUUUGCAGCAUUUUAAUCUGUAGAUCGGUGUAUUAAAGUACACAUUUAACGCUUCUGUGCAUGCUUUUGUUUAAACAAUAUAUAAAGUACAUCAAACCCAUUAACAUGCAAUAUUACUCGAUUCCUUUUAACAACACUGCGGCACACGAUAUAGUUUGUAGCUUUAGUCCUCACGUAAGUGAGCCGCUUUAUUAUACUAAUUGCUCAUCCUUUUUUCCGCAUAAACAUGUACAUGUACUGCAUGUACAAUUUAACCUUGGUCACGUUUCUUAGUUUUACGUUUGACAAAUCACAUGCAAGACAUGGCUUACCGUGUCCUGUAGGUGACAUAUUGCAUG